AUGAAAGCCUUCACCAUCUCUACCUUCCUCUUCCUCCUCGCCUCCCAACUCCACGCCGCCCCCAGCUCCAGUGCCCGCCAGUUCCAAGCCCAGCUCACUUUCCAAGGCGCUCCUCCCGCAGCGGCAUUCUUCACACUGUCGGUCCCCACAGAUGGUUCUGUUUUCGAGAUUUCCAACGUAUUGAGCGUCUCCCACAUUAGCUCUGCAGGUGGUGCGAGCUGCACAUUGUUCGGUAUUGACGGUAGCACGACAACGGUCGUCGGUGCGGAUACGGUAGAUGUAGGACCGCCACAGACGCAGGUUUCAGGCUCUUGUCUUGCGUUGUGA